GCCCCCCGGCGCUGCGCAGUGACGUCAUCACUCGGCGCCGAGAGGACGGCUUGGCGUGAGCGGACCGGUGCCGCUUUCGGCUUUUCCCUGCCGGGCUGGCGGUGGUGAGAGGUGAGUGGGGAAAGCAUGGAUUCACAGAAGGACGUUCAGCCUCCAAAGCAGCAGCCAAUGAUUUACAUUUGUGGAGAAUGUCAUACGGAAAAUGAAAUAAAGGCAAGAGAUCCAAUCAGAUGCCGAGAAUGUGGGUACAGAAUAAUGUACAAGAAAAGAACAAAAAGAUUGGUGGUUUUUGAUGCCCGGUGAUUUGACCUGAAGAUACAUUAAUUUUAUACUUCAGUAUUUCUGGCAACUUUGCUCUGUAAAUCCAUUGGUGUAUAAAUGCAUAAUUUUGUGGUUUAAGAUAUUGAAAUAUUAAACUUUACUGUAUUACUUGUCA